CGCCCCCCGAGCGCGGCUCCGGCCGGGGAAGGAAGCCGAGCGGCGGUCAUGGCGUUAGCUGAGCAAGCGCUACGGGUAUUGUGCGCCAGUGGCGGCUGCCUGGAGCAGGGAGAGCUCCAGCGGCGGCUGCCGGGGCGGCCCACGACGGAGCAGCUGGCGCUGCUGCUGCGGGAUGCGCAGCGGUUCACGCUGGUGCAGCGGCCCGAUGAGGCGGCGGGGGCGGCGGCAAGGGUGGUGGCGGCGGCGGUGGUGGUGGUGGCCACCAGCCCCGUGCGGCUGUGCCAGGAGUACGGCGCGGGCUGCGAGGGGCAGUGCGGGCGGCUGCACCUCUGCAAGUACCACCUGAAGGGGCUCUGCCGCAACCAGCAGGCGAGGAAGGAAUGUAAGUUUGUUCACAACUUCUACUCGGACCACAACCUCUUUGUUCUAAAACAAUAUGGACUUGAGCGUUUUAACAGUGAUGAACUUCGCCAGCUUCUGCUUCAAAAUGAUCCUUCCCUCUUACCAGAGGUCUGCUCGUAUUAUAACAAAGGGGAUGGACCUUAUGGAUCUUGUACCUAUAAAAAGAUCUGCACCAAACUCCAUAUUUGCCAGUACUUUUUGCGGGGACAGUGCAAAUUUGGCAGCAGCUGCAAGCGAUCCCAUGACUUAUUAAAGUCAGAAUGUUAUGACAAACUGGAGAGACAGGGAAUGAGCUCAAACAUAAUUCAGAAACUACCUUCCAUUUAUAGGAAUAUGUAUGACAUAAACAAUGGCAACAGGAACAUGUGUGACGUACAAGAUGCCAAGUCUUCACCAUGCAAAGAGAGAAAACACAGCUCUAGUGAAGUAUCCUCAACUACAAAUGAUGAUGAUUUGGAACAGAUCUGUUUAUAUCAUCUGUACAGAAGUUGUGGCUUUAAAGACAAGUGUAUCAGAACUCAUUUUCACUUGCCAUAUAGAUGGCAGAUCUCUGAUGGUAAUACCUGGAAGGACUUGAAGAAUAUGGAAGAAAUAGAAAAAGCAUAUUGUGACCCCAGUAACGCCAGAUUUAAUAAUGAUGGUACUGAAAGUGGCUCUGUCUUGUCAUGUAUCUGCUUUGUGAAUAUGUGCUGUGGGUUUGCAAAGGUUAGACGUCUUUCUACAGUCUCCUCUGUGACCAAACCCCCUCACUUCAUUCUUACAACAGAAUGGAUCUGGUACUGGAAAGAUGAAUAUGGCCUGUGGCAGGAGUAUGGAAAAAAAGAUGAUAAUCAUGCAGCUGCCACUGUCACUAGUGAUGACCUGGAGAAAGCUUAUAUAGCCAAAGGUUCUCCAAAGCUGAACUUCCAGGCUGGAAGACAUGAAUAUGAACUCAAUUUUGGAGCCAUGAUUCAGAAAAACAUUCGCUACAAAACAGAGAGAGAGAUUUGCAGAAGACCUAAAUUUGUGUCUCAGACAGAGGUGGAAAAGACAAGAGCAAGCGCCUUUAAACAUACAGAAGAGUUUAAGCACAUUCCAGCUCACUGGGACAAAUCUGCCCUGCCUGAACUAGGAUUCAAGCUGAUUGAGCUUGACAGGUCUUCUGAAGAAUACGAGAAAGUCAAGGCGGGCUUUCAACGCACAAUGCCCAAAACAGUUAUUAAAAGGAUUUGUAGAGUUCAGAACCCAUCUCUCUGGGUACUGUAUCAAUGGCAGAAGGAACAAAUGCAGAAGACCAAUGGUGGAAAGGCUGUGGAUGAGCGAUUUUUAUUUCAUGGGACCAGUAAUAAAUACAUUGAUGCCAUCUGUCAUCAAAACUUCGACUGGAGGAUCUGUGGCCUUCAUGGGACAGUGUACGGCAAAGGAAGCUAUUUUGCAAGGGAUGCAUCUUAUUCUGACAACUACUGCAAGGAAGACUUAUACACCAAGACCAUGUUUCUGGCACGGGUGCUGGUGGGAGAGUUCACUCUUGGCAAUUCUUCUUAUGUUCGGCCUCCCUUGAAGGACAACCAAAACUUCUACGACAGUUGUGUGAAUAGCUCUUCAAAUCCUUCUAUCUUUGUCAUCUUUGAGAAACAUCAGAUUUAUCCAGAGUAUCUCAUAGAAUACACUGACCAGGCAUUGGCAAAAAUGCUAUAGCAGCAAAACCUGUCACCAUUAUGUUUAGCUGGUAUAAACAUUUUUUUAGUAUUGGCUUAAGAGAGAAAAAGUGAUUUUUAGAAGUUUUGUAAUUGGGUAGGAGAGUGUUCAGAAACAUUUAUUCUCUAUCCUUUCUGUGCAAUAGGAAACAAGAGGUAAAAAGACACAAAAGAUGUUCUAAAAUUCUUAAAAUUCCAUUCUCCUUCUUUAGCAGGUAUCAUGUUUCCCUGCAUUAUUAGAGCGUAAUAAAUUUAUUGGAUGAACUCACUGAUGGUUGUGACAUGAGGAUUGGCUGUGACUGCCAAGUUUAAACAGUAUUUAGUUACAAUUGUUUCAGGAUAGAUCUUUAUACUUGCUUGUUGGUCAGAGGCGGCUGUCUCCUACCUGUUUUUUAACUCAAAACUUGAUAAACUUUUUAAAAUAAUGUCUCCUGUAACAGUAGACAUUCAAAUGUUUGCAAAUGAGACUGUACAAUCUCUGUCUCUGUGCUUAACUCAUUGCAUAAAUUCUUAGCAGCACUGUUUUUUGUCCCUACUUAAUCUUCACCAACAAAGCCUCAAAAAUUAAACGUCUUAUUGAAAACUAACAGAGACUUAUUUUUCACUUGUUAAUUGUCUCAUUUAAAACUACUACCAAAGAUAUGAAGCACAAUAAGGGUUUCUUGGUGCUGUGCUACUCAGAAAAUUGACUUAACUCUAUCAAAUAAAUGCUUGUGCUGGUUUUUGGCUGGGAUAGAGCUAAUUUCCUUCAUAGUAGCUGGUAUGGGGCUGGUUUGGAUUUGUGCUGGAAACAGUGUUGAUAAUUCAGGGAUGUUUUCAUUACUGCUGAGCAGUGCUUACACAGAGCCAAGGCCUUUUCUGCUUCUCACACCACCCCACCAGCGAGCAGGCUGGGGCUGCACAAGGAGAUGGGAGGGGACACGGCCGGGACAGCUCACCCCAACUGACCAAAGGGAUAUUCCAUACCAUAUGGCAUCAUGCUCAGCAUAGAAAGCUGCGGGAAGAAGGAAGAAAGGGGGGAUGGUCAGAGUGAUGGCAUUUGUCUUCCCAAGUAACUGUUACAUGCGAUGGAGCCCUGCUUUCCUGGGAAUGGCUGAACGCCUGCCUGCUGCUGGGAAAUGGUGAAUGAAUUCCUUGUCUUGCUUUGCUUGUGUGUGUGGCUUUUGGUUUACCUGUUAAACUGUCUUUAUCUCAGCCAAGCUGAGAUACACAAUGUAAUUUGCUCACUGCCUGGAACCUGGUGCCCAGCCCAUCCCCAAGCAGCAAUCUCUCCUUCCUGGCCAGCUUACCCCCCUAAUAAACUGAGCAUGAUGUCAUAUGGUAUUGAAUAUACCUUUGCCUAGUUUGGGUCAGCUGUCCUGAGUGUGUCCCCUCCCAGCUUCUUGUGAAAAUUAACUAUCUCAGCCAAAAAACCGGGACACUGUCUCUCAUUAGGUGUACUGCCCCUUUGGUUGAAGGAGGUACACUGGUUACCUGUGUAAUCAAGGUGCUUUCUUGCAGGAAAAAAUGUUUACCUGGGGAGUGCUUUUCAGCCGCAGAGCUGAAACCUUUUAAGCUGAAUAUUUAAUUGUUUCCAGCAAAAGAUGUUAGUGUUGAACAGUCAGCAUUAUAUAUAUGCAGAUAAUCAAAAAACUUAAACUGUCAUGUAUUUCUUAAGAUUAAAGUUGCUGAUGCAUAGACAGAUACUUUAUCACAGCUUUAAUGCUCCUGAAUGAGUACUUGAUAGCUAUAGUGUACUGCAAAAGCCUUAAGAUAUACUUUGCAUAGGACCAAAAAAAGCUCAUCUCUACCUGUAUUCUAGAUGCACUUCUUUUUAAUUCAUCUGGAUGAUGAUUGACAGGUGUACGCUGGCUAACUUUAUUACUUCAGCACUGUGAAGCAACGGCUUAGCAAUGAUUAGCUGCAGUAAGGCUCUGCAGAACAACUUUUUAUAUGAACUGUAAAACUAGCAGCAUGAUAUCUAAAGGAAAAUACUCCUGUUCCAUGUUUAAACCCAGUAAAAUACAGGAUGUGGAAAAGCAAGUUGACUAUAUGCUUUCUUUUGAAAGACUUGUAAUAGAACAUGCAUGAUAAAUCUCAUGUCAUCAAAUGAGUUCGUCAGCAAAUGCUACAUUGAGGAGGAAAACAUAAUGUAUGAAAGCUUUCAUACCUGUGCAGAAUAAGAUUUUUCUGCCAAACCAAAAACAUGCUUAUCUAUGUGUUCAUGGCAAGUAAGAAUACAGAUGGUAUGCCUUUCUUCUGCUGUACAUAACCAGCAUUUCAGCUAAAAACUGGAGUAGCUAAAGUCAUGUUCAUCUUUUACCAGAAAAUUGAAACAUUUUUUUCAUGUUGAGAUAUUUUUAGUAACACUUUUGACGGCUAAUUCAGGUAAAACUGGUAAUAUUUUAAAAACCUUUAACUUGAUUCUUGGAGAGGAUGCGUAAGUGUGUGUGCGUGUGUGUGUAUGUAAAUAAAGUAACUGGAAUAAAA